CAAACUAGUAAAGCGCGGAAUACGAGAGUUUAAAAUCGAGAACCUACGUAAAAGAACUUUGAUCGGUCGUAAAAUUAUCGUUUAUUUUGUAAGUUUUUACUGACUUGGAUUGGAUUGGUAAAACCUUACAUCAUAAUGAGUUUUGGAGUAAACAAGAAGGAUUCAUCACCUUCUUAUUACCGUCAUAAAGAUGAUCAACAGUUGAAUCUUAGCCCGCAAAGCUGUUCGAAACUUCAGGUGUUAGAUCAGGGGGAGCGUCGGCAGAGUGAGCCUUUACCGUCCGCUGUUACGACCCAGACGACAACAAGCACAAUGGCACACGUCGGUCAGUCAUCAUCAAACUCUCUUUCUGUUCCAUCUCUGCCGAGACACAGGGCCAAUUCUGGUUCUAAACUUGAGAGAAUGGUAUUACAGCCCAUCGUUUACAGUCUUAUGUACUUUGGGAAUGUGGUCUUGGAUCGAAGAAUCACCCAGCCGAUGUUGCCAUGGUUAAUUGAUGAGAAACAGAGGAAUGGUAAACUGGGGCAUGCAAUCAUCCUCCAAAUAUCUUCAAAGGGUGCCCUUGGUAUUUCUGAGAGAAAGGGGUCUAUCGUCUUCGAGCAUCGUCUGCAUAACAUUUCUAGAUUCUCAAGAGGGCAGGAUAAGAAAGGUUUUGGGUACCUCUGGAGACCUGACUCAAAUUCUAACUUCAGAUGUUUUGUUUUCCGUGCUUGCACUGAUCAACAUGAUCAAGUGGUGAAUGACGUUGUGACGAGCAUACGGGAAUCGGACAAGGAGAACAUCCCACAGUCAGCCCAAGCAGAAGGAAUCACUGAAGCCAUGGACAUCCUGAAAGAGUCAAACUCCUCUAUGUUUGAGGUUCUUUAUUGUGGCAAGAUAUCCGUUAGUCACAAACGAGCCCCUCCUACCUUCAUCGACGAGUCUAUAGAAAAAUUUAAAGAGCAUGAGAUGAUGGUACAGCGGCGAAAGCGGCACUUCUCUUCUGAUGAUCGACAGCGUUCCCUAUCUGAUGCAUCACCAAAGAAGUCAUCCUCUCUUGAUAUCGUGGAAGAAGACAUAUCAAAGUCGCACUCUGACAUUGAUCUUCCAUCAGUUAUCCAGAACAUUCAGAACAACAACUCAAAUGACUCCACACUUACCAUUGAAUUACCACGAAAGUCAUCCCUACCCUUGACAGACAAUCAGGUUUCAAGACUCCAGGAAGACUCACCAAGGAAAAAUUCUGUACCCCUGUCAGGUUCUCAGGAUGUCGACUCGGGUGCGACAACAGGUCGCACAUUUGGAACACUCCCACGGACAGACUCUUUUGCCAAGUUGAUGGCAGCCAAAGAAAGUACUCAUAAUCGAACAAUGGUAUUCCAGAUAGGAAGGAGUACACUGACAAUCAUCAGUCUGGACAAGAAAUCCUUUGCACUUACUAAGAAAUUCAGUGAGAUCUCCUUCUGCUCCCAGGGCAUAAAACAACCUGAGUACUUUGGGUUUAUCUGUCGGGAGAAGUCUUCAAGCCUCAACUACAUGUGCUAUGUUUUCAAGUGCCAGAGUGAAUCCGUGGUUGAAUGUAUAAUGAACACAUUGAGACAGGCUUUUAAUGCAGCUCUUCAUCACAACAAACUACACAUUAUCUGUGAAACCUGCCCCAUGCACAAACUACACAAGUUCUGCCAAGAAGUAGAAGGUCUAAAUGAAGAGCUGGUUUGGACUCGUCUUCAGCAACAAAUAUCAGCCUUGGGAGUGUCUUCUUCAAAUACAUUUGCACUGCAGAUGAGAAAUUGUCAAGUUUCAAGCCAGCAGGAGCAGAACCACCUUGCCAUGAUGUUUCUAAUGAAAGUGUGUGAGCAACAACAACAGAACCAUACUCAUAUUAGUGAUGAAAUCAAACAAAAGGAAGUGUACAAGUCAGAUUCCAAUAGACCAACCACAUCCAAGCUGGAAUCUUUGAAGAAAGCCAAGAAGUCUCUGACUAGUUCCUUUGAGAACCUCCUAACUAGAAACAAACAUCGAAGUAGUCCUGGUCCUGACAGGCUUGUCCUACAAAAUGGGAGAGAGGAGUCACCUACUGGUUCCCCAUGCGCCACCCCACCUCCUCUACCCAACCUUGUAUCACCCCUAACCAGCCCCUCGUCAACCACAUCUACCACUUCUACUGCUUCUUCUACCACCUCCGGUGAGAAUACAGAUAUUCCAGAGGGAAGGAGGCCCCCACCCCACCCCUCCCAUCACCAACAGCCCCACCCUCAUAACCCCAAUCAUCCCCAUCACCCUACCAAGCAGCAAUCAGCUGAUGCUGGACAGUCUUCCGUUAUCACACCGUUACCGAUGAGGCAGAGGAGUAGGACGUUAGGAGACACGCCCCUCACCCCGACCACGCCCACCUCACCAAGGGCGACUUUUCAGUUUGAAGGGGAUCAGUUCAAAGCCCUCAGAGCCCCUAAGCAGAAGCCACCCCUGAUCAGGGCAAUGAGUGUAGGUGGAAGAGCACAUCUUCUAAGCCCCCCUGGGCAUAGCCCCCGUACCCCAUUGAUGACCUCUAGCACCCGUACCUCAUGGCGUCAGGCAAUCUUCAACCGGGUUGUGACACCGAUGAGUGAGAGCAAGGCACCACCUCGUUUUCCAGACCAGAGCGAGAGUGUGUUCGAGGAGGAAGAGGAAGACAAUGAGGAAAAGAAGGAAUCUAAAUCUAGUCCUGUCGUCAAGAGAUUCACCUCCAGACUAGCAGUGAGGGCGCUCUGGCAACGAGCCAUUAGGGAACAAAUUAUACUCAAUCGUAUGGAUAAAGAAAACAAAAGAAUACAAGCUCGCCAAGAUGCGGUGAUUGAGAAGAAGAUGAAGUUGGACUAUGAAGAAAUCACACCAUGUCUGGUACAGGUCACAAAGCAAUGGGAUAGACUCAUUGCUAUACCUAACAGAGCAAACACCAUCAUACCUUAUGAUGAAAUCAAUACCUUAUUCAAAGAAGGUGUACCGAGGACGAGACGAGGUGAUAUUUGGAUGAUGUUAUCUGAACAGCAUCUAUUAAGAAUGGUCCCUGGAGCAUCUCAGAUACCGGAAUCUGAACCAUACACAGAGCUUCUAAAACAACUCACAACACACCAACAUGCUAUCCUCAUUGACUUGGGACGCACUUACCCAAACCAUCCAUAUUUCUCCAAUGCUCUUGGGCGUGGUCAGCUAUCUCUCUUCAAUCUUCUGAAGGCCUAUUCACUCCUUGAUGCAGAGGUCGGUUACUGCCAAGGCCUCAGCUUUGUGGCUGGAAUUCUUCUCAUGCAUAUGGAAGAACAUGAUGCCUUUAAGAUGUUGACCUAUCUCAUGUUUGGCUGGGGUUUUAGAAGACAGUAUAAACCAGACAUGACAGCUCUACAGAUCCAGAUGUAUCAGCUUUCACGUCUCCUUCAUGACUUCUAUCAUCGUCUACACAAUCACCUGGAGCAGAAUGAAGUGGCUCCAUCUCUUUAUGCAGCUCCUUGGUUCCUGACACUUUUUGCCUCUCAAUUCCCUCUUGGCUUUGUCUCAAAGGUCUUUGAUCUGAUCUUCCUUCAAGGGUUUGAGGUGAUCUUCAAGGUAGCUCUUGUCAUCCUUGGUAGCCAUGAAGAACUGAUCCUACAAUGUGAUGGCUUUGAGUCUAUCAUUGACUUCAUCAAGAAUCAAUUACCAUCCCUUGGUAUCGUCCAGAUGGAGAAAGUCAUUAACAAGGCUUACCACUUGGACAUUUCAAAGGAACUUCAUGCCUAUGAAGUCGAGUACCAUGUUAUUCAGGAGGAAAUGCUGCCCUCGCCUGUCCAACCAAAGUCUAUGCAGCGAGACAUCGAUCAGCUGGAAUUCAGUAAUCGUAACCUACGUCGUCAUAACAACGAGCUCUUAGAACAACUUCAGUCUACACACAAUACAAUACAGAAUCAGAGAUCUCUACUGCAAACAAAACAGACAACCGAGAACAAUCUGCGAUUGGAAAUCCGGAACUUGAACCUGGAGAGGGCAGCUCUUCUGGACACCAUUGCUAAGUUACAGGCCCUUAUCCCAGAGAAUAUUCUUAGCAAUGCCAGUCUAGACCUAAUUCAACCAAAGAGAGAUUACAAGUGCUAUGACAGUGAAUCCUCUCACCAGACCAUAGAGAGUGCUGCCGGGGGUGGAGACAAUCUGUCCAUCGACACCGACUCCAUUGAAGACAUCGAUGGGGAGGUCGCAGCCAUCAACAAAGUACUUGCUCUGAAGGAAGAGAGGUCUAGGAAUAAUAGUGGUGGAAGCAUUGGAAGUGGACAGAGUGCGAGUACAAAUACAAGCGAGGCAGAUAUUCCAUGUAUUAUGAUCACAGACACUAAAUCGAUAUCGUCACUGUGAAAGUGAGCUGAUGAGAAAGGCUUUAGAACCAAAGAGAUUUCAAAGGUAUUAAUGAGAAGAGAUGAGGAUUAAAAGCAGUAGAUAGGGGACAGGUAGAAUCAUAGUUUGGAAGAUAUCUGUUUUAAUCAGAGGGAAGAAAAAGUGAAAAUAAAGGGUUGAGAAAGAUUCUUCAACCAUUCUUCUGUUAAACCUGAUUGAUUAGUAAAAGCAAAGACUGUACCUCUGUUAAACUUUAUGAUGAUGAAAAUGAGGAAUUGAGCAAGGCAAUAGGACCAUACCUCUGUUAAACUUGAAUGACUAUGAAACAAAUCUGAAGAGAUUAAAGUAGGCUUUGUACAAAUAUAAUUCAACAUUGUACAGAUUAAAAGAGGAUGGGGGACUUAAAAUAAUUGUUUGUUAAUGUAAUGUACAUAAUAUAUUGAUUAAGCUAAAGCUUUAAACAGAUUUAUUCUUGUGCUGUUACAAUCGAAGAUUGGCAUUAGUGUUUAUGUAAAUCAUUUUGUUUUGUAUUUUUCUGUUUGUUAAUAUGAUUUAGUGGCCUUUAUGUGUGCAGGAAACGCCAUUCAAACACAUGCUCUUCCAUUUACUUGAAAGAAAGAUCUGAUCUGAAAUAAGAGAGCCUAGAUAGAAUAAACAUUUUUUUUAAAUCUGAUAUUUCUUGCUUAUGUCUACCUUGUGUGCAUUUGUGAUUAACCAUUUUGGUGGAUCCCCUGUUCUAUGGGAAAUUGUUUUAUUUUCAUAAAGCUCUACUUGUAAAUAGCAUUUGUAUAAAUGUUCAUACUGUAUGUCUUCUAGAAGAAUAUUUUCUGUAUUUCAACUACUGUACUGGUACAGUUUGUUAAAAGUGAUGGCCUACAUGUAUAUUUGUGUGUGAUCAGUAAAGAUUAAGCUUUAGAAUAUAUUAUGUUAAAUAGUUAUAUCAAAAGAUUGAUCCCAAAGUUAAUCUGUUAUCAAGGCAUUGUACAAAUGUUUUGCAAUCAAUUGCUUAUUUGAAAUGAUGAUUCUGAUUGGCUGUUGGUCAUGCCUUUGAACUAAACAUGCAUGCCAGGAUGAUCUUGAUUGGUCACUAAUUUGCAAGUGAUUAUAAACCUUUGUGUUACAGGAAUAGAUGUUAAUAAAGUUUAUAAUUAAGUUUAAAUGAAUAAAGCAAUUUACUUCAAUAUUGGACACAUUUUAGCUGUAAUAGAAUUGUUGAUUGUAAGUGAUUUUUUUUUAUAAGAAGGUAAAUUAAUUAUUAUGAAUUUUAUUGACAGAUGUUUAGAUUUUGCCUGUGCAUUCUUGCAAACAUUUUAUGGAUAUAACUGAGGUUUGGAGAUAGUGUUCACAUUGUGUGAUAUCAUAAAUAGUGUUGCCAUGAUAACAAAACCUUUAACUGUUUAGAAGAUAAUUGAGCACAGCUUGCAUGAGACAUGCUGGCUUCUGUCUCCUUUUAGAGUUCCAAAAUCCAACAAUCAACAGAAUCAAAAAGUUAAAGACUUUAUUUCAUUGAAACUACAGGUUAAGACUUCAUAUAU